CGCGGAUGAUACUCGUCUUGCUACCGCGUCUGCAGUUCACGCGUAAUUUCGCAAUUCUGUAAACUCGAUUACCUAUAAAAAACAUUUGCUGUGUUACACUUAAUUUUAUUGUGACAUUGGAUUACGUAAUUUGGAAUACAAGUAGAUGAGGGACUCGGAUUUCAAAGAAGAAACAUGUGGAAAACUUCAAUUACGACUACAAAAUAACUACAUUGAAAUUAUAAAACGACAGUAAAUUAUAAUGUAGAAUGAUUACAUAAUCAUGGACCCCCUCGACGAUAAUAUAACCAAUACAGACAUGAAUGGCUCGCACGUGGUCGACCCAACACAUAUAUUUGGCCCUCAAAGAGAUUCUCUGUACAUCGUAGUCCCUAUCACUAUAAUUUACUCUCUUAUUUUUAUCACUGGGUUGUUUGGGAAUAUAAUCACAUGUAUCGUUAUAAUCCGAAAUAAGAACAUGCACACUGCCACAAACUAUUACUUAUUUAGUUUGGCCAUAUCUGACCUCCUCUUGCUCGUGAGCGGGAUGCCACAAGAAAUGUAUUCAAUUUGGUCCAAAUGGCCAUAUAUAUUCGGUAACGUGUUCUGCGUAAUUCGCGGUUUAGCGGCUGAGACAUCGACGAAUGCCAGCGUUCUGACGAUCACUCUGUUUACAAUAGAGAGGUACUUGGCGAUUUGUCAUCCUUUUGUGUCGCACAAAAUGUCUAAACUAUCGCGAGCAAUAAAGCAUGUUCUACUGCUUUGGCUGGCGUCGUUUGGUCUCGCUUUGCCUCAGGCACUACAGUUUGGUAUUAAAGACCACAGAGGUGUCACGAUGUGUUUACAGACAAGGGUCAUUAUCGAGCAUUCCUUCGAAAUCUCCACUUUCUUUUUCUUUUUCGCCCCAAUGAUGGUUAUCACCGUUCUAUAUUCUCUCAUCGGUCUGAGGCUAAAUAAAUCUAAUUUAAGCAAGGAUCACCUCGAAGGAGAUAGUUUAAAGAGGAAUUCCAAAAUUAUACAGAAAAUGCAUCGAAAAAACAGUACGCAGUCAACAAAAAGAGUUGUUAAGAUGCUUGUUGCUGUUGUAGUGGCAUUCUUCAUCUGCUGGGCACCCUUCCACGCACAACGCUUGGUAGCAAUCUACGGCACUGCUGAGAACCACCUGGCAAAGUCACCCAUCCUGCUCUCCGUGUACUACUUCAUGACAUACACGUCCGGAGUGUUCUACUAUAUGUCCACCUGCAUAAACCCUAUAUUCUAUCACAUCAUGUCAAACAAAUUUAGAGAAGCUUUUAAGUCAACAAUGUUGCAGUGGUGUUGUCGUGACCGCAGUCAUCCUGUAAUACAUAGAUGUUCCUACUCGACGGUUCCCUUUGCCAGGCACGCCGCAUCAAACAAAUCGUCACUAAACUCAGGGAAUUCCGGCAGGAAUGAGUCAUCAAACAUGAAGAUACAUAAGCUGGGUUUCAAAGAAGACAGCAAGACAGUGACACCACCACCACGAGAGUGGAAAGUCUGCGAACGUUGUAAGAGGACAUUGACAGCGUCCACACAGUCGUAUGGACUGAACACUUGCAGUCACGAGAUGAGUGCGAAAAUUGGCCCCAACCUGCGUUCAAACAGCCAUCUUGGAAUAUAACUUUAAAAAAUAUAUAGGUAUAUUUUACUGUGCUGCAAAUCAGCCAGACCAUUUUUGAAUGUUAUCGCCGUGUAGCAACGGACGGCUUCAGUGUGCUCGUGGCAUUCGAGCCGUCCACAUCUCUUGUUGUGUAAUUCUUUAUGGGUUACUUGGGAUAGGUGGGGAAAGUAACUUGAGUGGAAAAUGGGAGUGCUUGAUAUCAGACAAAGGAUCCUUUAACCCUACACACAUCGUUCACAAGUGCGUGACUUCACUCAAGGUCAUUCUCUGCCAUUCUAGGGUCUUCUUUUGGUUACAGUAUGAUUUGUUAAUUAAGUUGUCCUGACAAGUGUUGUGAACCUUUGUUCGACAUUAGUUUUCUUAUUUUUGUAAUCUCUUUUGAGUCUGCUAAAACGAAAGAGAAAAAAAACUAUCCUGAUCUAGAUAAUAGUUAAUUGUUAUAACCUCAAAGUUAUCUAGCAAACAUGGCACGUGUUUUCCUACAAUUAUUAUAUAAUUAAAAUUUUCACCAACACGUUAAUCUGAUGAGUUAUAAUAGAGUUUUAUCAGUUUAAUUGAGUUACCCGUUUAUUAUAAGUUAUAAAUUAUGGACCAGUGGAUAAACCAUUAUAAGUUAGAUGAAUCAUGAACUCAAGACCGCCUUAUUUAUUUGUCAAAAGCACGGAUAUAAAUGCUAAACUGUUUCAUUUAUGGUCAAAAAAAUGCCAAUGACGAUAACACUUACAAGAUCUUCAAUGAUUAUUAUUUACCAGUUUAAAUAUUUAAUUCAAGGCGGAAUUGAACAUGGCAACAUCUGAAAAUAUCUUAAAGCAUGAGAUCAAUUUUAAUUAAAAAUCUUUUAACUAGAUUUUGUUAAUAUUUGUUAACGUCUACAUAUUUAUGACGUAUUUUUGAUACAUUAUUUUUUUAUAACUUAUUUUCUGUAUAUUUAUGUAGUUAAGGAUAAUAUAAUUCGAAGGCAUUUAUGUAGAUAAUAAUCUGAGACAGACUUGAACAAUCAAAGAGUUUUCUUACAUUCUUUCUUCCCUGUGAAUCUACUCGUACUACUUACUUUGUAUAUGGGCAUGAAAAUCUCAUGUAGUUAUUUAAUUCACGAGCAUUUAGGGCUCCCCACACGGGCGACCGGCCACGACCACAAAACGCCGCUACUGGCAUAUUUUAUGUAGUUUUCCUACAUUUUGUAUAGAUUCGCCGCACACGGUUGACGCCGGUGGCCGCCACACGCUACAAUCGUCGCUGCUCGCUUCUUGUGGCCCGCACCGGCCACUAAACGGCGCAACACGCCACUCACGCGAUUAUGAUACUGCAUAUCGUCGGUCCAGAUGUGAUACCUCGUAACUAACAACUUCGGUAAAAAUUGAUUUUGAUGCAGAAAGCUUCAAACAGCUUUUCCGGUGGUAGCCCGUAAAUAUCUUGUAGUACGUACAUUUAAAAUGUUUUUGGUCGCAUAAAACGACUUUUAGUG